AUGGCCUCAAGAAAUGUUUCUUCCAUCACAAAGUCUCAUUCACACACAAAGCAACCACAUCGCACGUGCAUGUGCUCACCUACCAAUCACCCCGGCUCAUUCCGGUGCAGUAUCCACAAGAAGCCACCACGUGCAGUGGUGGCUCGACCAUCAUCUUCUUCUUUUUCCAAUCCGAAUUAUAAUUAUUUGGAUCAUUCGUCAAUGGCCAUGGUUGCCAAGGUUAAUAUUUCAUUGAAGGCAAUUCUCCUCCAAAUUAUUAAGCACCGCUCUAGUCGCGAUCUUCAUAGGAGGAAGAAUUUCAAACCAAAGCCUACUCGUUUUUCUGUGAUGAAUCAUGUUGCAGUUUCUUGA